AUGACUCCCCAGUCGAAGAUACUGGAAUACGCUCACCAUCACAGUCUGACUUGUGAUCCAGAAUGGACAUUCGACUUCGCUGAAGAGUUGGUCAUGGGCUUUUCGACCGCCUUCCAGCUCGUACCGCCAUCCCAAUCACUUCAUGAGGAUAUCAAGCAGACCUGGAGCUCUCUAGACCUGAUCACGGCUCAGGCUGGACAAGAGCAUCACCAACCACUGGAAUCAAUUUUUCUGGACAACUGGCUCAUUCCUCAAGCUCCAAUAACCUACGCUAGAAGAUUCCGCGAUUCGGUCAAGUCAUCUCAACAUUUAGACUUGGCCGAUUCAGAUUGGUGGGGCGAUGGGUUAUUCGAGCCUCAACUCACUCAUAUCAUGGGCGAUUACAUCCUCCAAAGGAACCGUCGUCAUGCUACUAUCAGUUUACAACCUGAUGACUCGAAAACAAUCAAGAAUGACCUUUCUCUUGAUGGUCAACAGACCUUCAACGACGUCAUUGUGGGUGAGGAGACUCAUAUCCAUAUUCCAACGCCGGAAGAAUUAUCAGAUACCGCACACCAGCUGUCGUCCUCACAGUACCGAAAAAUCAAAGAUAUCAAAUUGCAGAGAGAAGAAAUUUUCGGGACUCGUUCCCCUUUGAUCAGGAUGGAUAGUGACCUGCUCGAGCUGGAAGAAACUCUGCCAAGCGAAACUUCACGACACGCAAUCUCACCGCCGUUGAUGCCUAGACAAUCAUCGAGCUCUGCAGAACUGUGGCAUACACAGGCCAAUGCAUUCGUCAACUCGGUCAUCGGCAGCCUUCAACAAGAAGAAAUUCAUCAAUGCAGCAGUCCCAUCUUGUCAAAUGAUACUUGGAACGAUUUAGAUUCUUUUCUACGUCCAUCUUGUACUCCGCCGUCUAGCCCAAUACCGUCUGAAGAUGUCGUUCAAAAAGAUGCUGCCAUCGAGUUUCUGUCCCCCUCGGCGGACCCGACUAACUGGGAUAAGGUUGAAAACCUAGAGAAUCCAUUCGAGACAGUACUCUUUAGUCGGACCGAACGAAUGCCUUUGCAUACGAAUAGAUCUACGUCUUUCAACCUGAGGAACCACUGGGAUAUGGCCAGCUGUUUAUUUGAUGAGCAUCAACUUUUGCAAGCUUCUCUGACACCUGAACCAGCAGAAGGCGACAGUAAAGAAGGCUGCGAGGGUUCUUUCGAGAUCUUAAAUCAAUUGGUUGCAAACAGAGGAUGGGACAACCAGCGAUUCGAACACCAAAUCUUUGGAAGUCCGGGAGAAGCAGCCAAUCUGCACACAAAACUUAAAAGGAUUCCAGUUGAAGUCCCCGAUGCGCCCAUUAGCAAACAUGAAAUCCACAAGGAACUACUUCCCUCCCAUCUCGACGAGUUUAGGAUACAAGAAUUGGACAACAGUCGGCCAAAGAAUUCCUCUAAAAUCUCGCAAGGUCUUCAGAAAGUUGAGGGAUUGAAAGCGUUGAAUAUCGAGCUCCCUUGGAAUGCCUACAACUUCCUACCUUCAUCGACACUGGAAAAACUGACAGACCUGGGCUCCAAACCGGUCGAUGAACCUUCAGAUGUCGAUUCCUCGAGCAAGGAUGACUCAUUCAUCUCCAAAAGGUUUAAAAGCGAGCAUAACCCCAACGUAGCUGAUGAGCCAUGGGUUAAACUGAGCGACUUCCUAGAUCAAUCAUCAAGCGAAAGUGGCUCUUAUUACAGUCAGCACGAUUCGGAUCGCACGAAAGAGCCUGACACACUAAAUGACGGAGCCGUAUCUACCUCAGACUUCACCAGGAGAUCUACAAGCCCAACUACACGAACCGACGAAGACUUGAAGCCUACCUCGGUCACUGAGAGCACUGAGCCGCCGAACAACAGCUCUCAGACCAACCCAUUAGAAACCGAAUAUUUUCAUCAAGGAUACGGCCUACAAUCCGAUUUUGGAAGCGCAAAUCAGAGCUCAGCUCAGACAGAAGAUGAUAAAUUCAUCGAUCUCCUAGGAUUAAGAUCUGUGGAUCCUUCACCUCAUGAUAUACAGAACCAUGGUUUCUACAGAAUCUGGUCGACUUAG